CAUUACAUCCUCCGCUACGGCAUCUCUAUAUUCCGUUAAAAUUUCAAGAAACCAAGAGAAAUCUAAAAACAAACACAAAUCAGCUAACAACAUGCCACGACGUAAUAAGAAAGGAGGCAAAGGUCGCCAAGGCGAUUCCAACUCUGAAGAUGAAUCAUUCAAUGAAAAUGCCUCUGUGUAUUCAUACAUGUCUGAGAAUGGUGGCGCAUCGUCUGUCAACGAUUCGGAUGAAUUGUCUUCAAAUGAACGUUAUGAGGAGAAAUUCAUGCAGGCUUUAGAAAAUGCCACUGAGAAAUCGGCACAAACUCGUGUACUGGCAUUGCAAAGUAUCUGCGAAAUAUUGAUGCAUCGUUAUAUGCCCGAUUUUGUUGACGAUCGCAAAGUAACCCUUAUCGAUUGCAUUGAAAAGAGCAUUCGUCGUGGAAAGGGUCUGGAGCAAGUAUGGGGUGCUAGAUUGGCACCAUUGUUGGUACUGCAAUUGGGCGGCGAUGAAGGCAUAUCUAAAGCUCUCAAUCAAUUUUUGCUCACCACAGUUCAAGACAAGUCAGUGUCAUUUGAUGCACGGGCAAAAUGUUGUACUGCCUUGGGCCUUUUGAAUUUCUUUGGUGGUGAUGAUAUAGGUGAUAUGGUAACAUUGAUGCAGUGCUUUGAAUCCAUAUUUUGUGCUAGUUAUUUGAAAGGUGAUGACAAAACUCCGAUCACAGUUAGCCCCGAAGCCGGUGCCUUACAUGCUGAAGCAUUGUCAGCCUGGGGCUUAUUGUUGACAAUGAUCCCAUCAGGAGACUUUGUAUCAUGGAUGACUGGCGGACAAUCAAUGCUACCAUCUUUCAAGAAGUUGAUGGGCCUAUUGCAAUCACCUCAUUUGGAUGUACGCAUGGCAGCUGGUGAAACCCUGGCCUUGAUAUUGGAGUGUGGCCGUUCACACGAUGAAGAUUUUUUGGAAGAGUACUUAAGUGAUUUAAUUGAUGCAGUUAAACAGUUGGCCACAGAUUCCCAUAAAUACAGAGCAAAACGUGAUCGUAAAGCCCAGAGAGCAACAUUUAGAGAUGUGCUACGUUAUCUGGAGGAGGAUAUAUCUCCCGAAAUAACCAUUCGUUUUGGAUCAGAGUCAUUAGUUUUGGAUUCUUGGGCUGUACAUCUUCAAUACUCUGCAUUGUGCACAAUUAUGGGUCCUGGUAUGACAUCACAAUUGCAAGAAAAUGACUUUAUACGUGAUAUUUUCGGUUUGGGAACCAAAGUUGACACAGCCAAUGGUGCUACGAAACUUAAAGCCUCCAAAUUGGAAAGGCACCUUGUAAAUGCUGCUGCAUUCAAAGCACGCACCAUCAGCCGUGGCAAGAAUAGAGAUAAGCGUUCUGCAGUUUUUACAUAAAUGCGUAGACAAUUUAG